AUGACUACUGCUGCUACCAAAAUAUUGACGGUAGGGUCAGCGGCAGGUUCAAUACGUGAUUUGUUUUCCAAAAUCAAGGCCAUAGAUGCAAAAUAUGGCAAAUUUGAUCUUGUACUUUGUACAGGGGAUUUCUUUGGCCCUCUGAAAGAUGCUGGAGACGAAACCAAAGAGGAGGACGACAUUUCCCUUCUACUAAGCGGAAGUCUUGAGGCUCCCUUGGAAUGCUACGUGAUGCAAGGGGAUCAACCUCUACCAGCAAAAGUCGUUGAAAAGUUUGCCAAGACAGGAGGAGAGUUGUGCAAAAAUGUCUUUCUAAUGAGCAAGUCGGGUAUAAUUACGACUGCAAAUGGGCUGCGAAUCGCCUGCUUAGGAGGGACUUAUGAUCCUGCAAUAUUUGGCUCUGCCGAAGCUGCGCCCGGAUUUAUGUCUCCAUUUUUCUCAUAUCACACAAUUGACCGGCUGCUAUCCAACACUCUUGUUAAAAGCUCGAAUUCCAGUCAGAAAAGCUACAGCUCCCUUGCCUCGAUACAGGCAUCUGCAUCCUCUUCGCAACUCGUGGAUAUCCUUCUAACAAACGUUUGGCCGAUCUCCAUCUCCAACUUGUCAUCUGUUCCACUUCCUGAUCCCCAGCUCCGCUCAAUCGGUGCCCCACCAUUAAACGAAGUUAUUCGGAAAAUAAAACCCAGAUAUCACUUUGCAGCUGGUCCCUCGAGAUUUUGGGAGAGAGAACCCUACGCUUGGGAAGACGAAGAAGGGCGGGUGUCUAGGUUUGUGAGCCUAGGUGCUUUCGGUGGGGUCCCGGUGGAAGGAAAGAAACAGAGAUGGUUUUACGCAUUCAACAUCAGUCCCAUCGUGGCGGCCACUACUCCAGCUGCCCUUCAUACAAAUCUCACGAAAAAUCCUUUCCUCGAGUCCGCUCCGCGUCCGUUUAAACGUCCCCUAGAAGAUGGUGGAAGUGGGGAGAAUUUUAUAUUCGGAAACAAUGUACAACAGCCUGCAAAACGAAGUCGUACUGGUUCGAUUUCUAGGUCCCAUGGGUACAGCAAGGUGAACCAGGAAAACCUCCUCCAGGGUACAAGUGCAGGCGAUGCGAAUCUACGGAGGCAAGACCCCUCCUGCUUUGUGCGCAUAUUUGCUGACUUGUUUACUAGCACUUUAUCAAUGACUGCCCAGAACGUACUAAGCCACCGGACGAUUACAUAUGCAAAAUCUGCAAUGAAGUAUACUCCCUUGCACUCUCUUUACGAAUGUAAAAUCCAUUUGCUUAUCUGUGAGCAGGUGGGUCACUUUGUUCGCGAUUGUCCGACUCGGGAUGCGAGAGGCGACACUGGUGGUAAAAAGCCAAAACCAGGCUACGUAUGCCGUGCAUGCGGGAGCGAGGGCCACUAUUUGGACGAUUGCCUGGUUGCGAACCAACGACCUCCUCAGGGCGAACGACGAGGUGGAAAGCGAGGGCCACCCAAGGAAAUUUCUACCGAUGAAUGCUGGUUUUGCUUGUCCAACCCCAAUCUUGCCAAACAUCUUAUAGUCGCCAUUGGCUCUGAAUGCUACGUCACGCUACCGAAAGGCCAGAUUAUUCCAACACAAUCCGCGGCGGACCACGUUGACGUUCCUGGUGGCGGACAUGUACUAAUUGUGCCCAUUACACAUUACCCAACAUACUCAACUAUACCGCCCGAUCUCGCCCCACCAAUUCUGGACGAAACUGAAAAGUUUAAAGCUGCAUUGACGGCCAUGUAUGCCAAAUAUGGCACCGUUCCUGUCAUUUUCGAAGUUGGGCGUCUAUCGGCCAAGGGCGGGCAUGCACAUGUCCAAGCAGUCCCCGUACCGGUACGUCUGAAAGACAAGAUCGAAGAAACAUUUAUCAAGGAAGGCCGUCCGUUGGGCAUCGAUUUCGAAGACGACGCCGACGCUGCCCUUGCAUCCUGUGCGAAUGGUAGAGGGAGCUAUUUCAAAGUUGACUUACCUGAUGGGCGUAAGAUGGUGCACCUCAUAAAAGAUCGAGUGCCUUUUAGUAUCCAAUUUGGAAGACAGGCAUUGGUAUCCUUACUGGGCACACCUGACCGAAUGGAUUGGAAGGCAUGCAUGUUGUCUGAGGAGCAAGACAGAGCAGACGCCCAGGAAUUUAAAUCUGCCUUCGCUCCUUACAACCCUGAGUUAUGA